AUGGGGUGUUGUGAGGUGAGGGGAUUGCUCUGGAGAGUCGGCCUCUUCCUCCCCCUGCUGACAGCGCGCCCCGCCGCCGGCGGUCACGUCGCCAGCAACCAAGUUGUGUUACUUGAUACUACAGCUGCCCUUGGAGAACUAGGAUGGAAAACAUUCCCUUUAAAUGGGUGGGAUUCCAUAACUGAGAUGGAUGAACACAAUCAUCCCAUUCAUACUUAUCAGGUAUGUAACGUGAUGGAACCAAACCAAAACAACUGGCUUCGAACAAACUGGAUCUCCCGUGAUGCUGCACAGAAAAUUUAUGUGGAACUGAAGUUUACUCUGAGGGACUGCAACAGUAUUCCAUGGGUACUGGGAACCUGCAAGGAGACUUUCAAUCUCUACUACAUGGAGUCAGAGGAGUCUCAUGGAGUAAAAUUCAAGCCAAACCAGUACACUAAAAUUGACACUAUUGCAGCUGAUGAGAGCUUUACCCAGAUGGACUUGGGUGACCGCAUUCUUAAACUCAACACAGAAGUUCGUGAGGUUGGGCCAAUAAACAAGAAAGGAUUUUAUCUUGCUUUUCAGGACAUUGGAGCAUGCAUUGCUUUGGUCUCAGUCCGUGUUUAUUACAAAAAGUGCCCUUUCACGGUCCGUAAUUUGGCUAUGUUUCCUGAUACUAUUCCAAGGGUUGAUUCUUCCUCUUUGGUGGAAGUACGGGGCUCCUGUGUGAAGAGUGCUGAGGAACGUGAUACUCCAAAAUUGUAUUGUGGAGCAGAUGGGGAUUGGCUUGUGCCUCUUGGACGAUGCAUCUGCAGUGUAGGAUAUGAAGAAGUGGAUGGUUCCUGCCAUGCUUGCAGGCCUGGAUUCUAUAAAGCAUUUGCUGGAAAUGUAAAGUGCUCCAAGUGCCCUCCACACAGCUUGACUUACACAGAAGCAACCUCUGUCUGUCAAUGUGAGAAAGGUUACUUCAGAGCUGAGAAGGACCCACCAACUAUGGCAUGUACCCGGCCACCUUCUGCUCCGAGGAAUGUGAUUUUUAAUAUUAAUGAAACAGCUCUCAUGUUGGAAUGGAGCCCCCCAAGUGAUACCGGAGGAAGAAAAGAUCUCACUUACAGUGUCAUCUGUAAGAAAUGUGGGUCGGAUGCCAACCAAUGUGAGAUUUGUGGGGGAGGUAUCCGUUUCAUCCCCAGGCACACAGGUCUCACCAACUCCUCUGUGACAGUGCUUGACUUUGUGUCUCACGUGAACUACACCUUCGAAAUAGAAGCCACAAAUGGGGUCUCAGAGCUGAGUUUCUCUCCCAAGCAGUUCACAGCUAUCACGGUUACCACAGACCAAGAUGCACCCUCCUUGAUAGGUAUGGUAAGGAAAGACUGGGCUUCCCAAAACAGCAUUGCCCUCUCCUGGCAAGAGCCGGACUCUCCCCAUGGAGCCAUUCUGGACUACGAGAUCAAGUACUAUGAGAAAGUCUACCCACGGAUAGCGCCGGCAUUUUGGCACUACCUGCGGGUAGAAGAGCAUGAGCAGCUCAGCUAUUCCUCCACAAGGUCCAAGGCUCCAAGUGUUAUCGUCACAGGUCUCAAGCCAGCCACCAAGUAUAUAUUUCAUAUCAGAGUCAGGACGGCAGCAGGAUACAGCGGCUAUAGCCAGAAGUUUGAAUUUGAAACUGGAGAUGAAACUUCUGAUAUGGCUGCUGAGCAGGGACAGAUUCUUGUAAUUGCCACUGCUGCCGUUGGUGGAUUCACUCUCCUGGUCAUCCUCACUUUGUUCUUCCUGAUCACUGGGAGAUGCCAGUGGUACAUAAAGGCCAAAAUGAAGUCUGAAGAGAAAAGAAGGGCUCAGUUGCAAAAUGGAGAUUUACGUUUCCCAGGAAUCAAAACAUAUAUUGAUCCAGACACAUAUGAAGACCCAUCUCUUGCCGUCCAUGAGUUUGCAAAGGAGAUAGAUCCUUCAAGAAUUCGUAUUGAGAGAGUUAUUGGGGCAGGUGAGUUUGGAGAAGUAUGCAGUGGACGUCUGAAGACACCAGGAAAAAGAGAAAUACCUGUUGCAAUUAAAACUCUAAAAGGCGGCUAUCUGGACCGGCAGAGAAGAGAUUUCCUGAGAGAGGCCAGUAUCAUGGGACAAUUUGAUCACCCAAAUAUAAUUCGCCUUGAAGGAGUUGUUACAAAAAGAUCCUUUCCGACCAUUGGGGUGAAGUCUCUUUCGAGAUUCCUGAGGGCGGGAUUUUUAAAUAGCAUCCUGGCCUCACAUCCAGUGUCAGGGGGUGGAUCUUUACCCCCCAGCAUUUCCUCUGGCAGACCAGUAAUGAUUGUAGUUGAAUACAUGGAGAAUGGAUCCCUUGACUCCUUUCUGCGGAAGCAUGAUGGCCACUUCACAGUCAUCCAGCUGGUUGGCAUGCUACGGGGGAUUGCAUCUGGCAUGAAGUACCUCUCAGACAUGGGCUAUGUACACCGUGAUUUGGCAGCCCGAAACAUCUUGGUCAACAGUAACCUCAUGUGUAAAGUCUCUGAUUUUGGUUUGUCACGAGUGUUAGAGGACGAUCCUGAAGCUGCUUACACAACAAGCGGUGGAAAAAUCCCAAUAAGGUGGACCGCUCCUGAAGCUAUAGCUUACCGGAAGUUCUCUUCAGCAAGUGACGCAUGGAGCUACGGGAUUGUAAUGUGGGAGGUGAUGUCCUAUGGUGAGAGACCAUACUGGGAGAUGUCCAACCAGGAUGUUAUACUGUCUAUUGAAGAAGGCUACAGGCUUCCAGCUCCCAUGGGAUGCCCAGCUUCUCUGCACCAACUAAUGCUUCACUGCUGGCAAAAGGAGAGGAACCACCGUCCAAAAUUUAGUGAUAUUGUCUGCUUCCUAGACAAACUGAUCCGCAAUCCAAGCGCCCUUCAUACCCUAGUGGAGGACAUUCUUGUAAUGCCAGAUUCACCUGGUGAAGUUUCAGAAUAUCCUUUGUUUGUUUCAGUCAGUGACUGGCUGGACUCCAUAAAAAUGGGUCAGUAUAAAAAUAACUUCAUGGCAGCAGGUUUCACAACUUUGGAUAUGGUUUCAAGAAUGAAUAUUGAUGACAUUAGAAGAAUCGGAGUUGUACUCAUUGGACACCAGAGACGAAUAGUCAGCAGUUUACAGACUUUGCGGUUACACAUGAUGCACAUACAGGAGAAAGGAUUUCAUGUAUGA